AUUCUUCCUCUGUUCACAGCUGUCCCAGAGGGAGGAGCUGAAAUCUGAAGCCCUUCGCUGUGAUUGGAUCUUUCUUGCAAAAGAGAGGGAAAAAACCCCUCCCAGCCAGAACGGGCUCAGUUGCUAAAGGAGCCCGGUGACUUCAGAGGCGCCGGCCCGUCCGCCUGCCGCACCUGAGCGGCCCUCGCCAGCCCGGCCGGCCGCGAUGCUGUAGGGCCCGGCCGCGUCCUCCCGCCGGACCGUUAUCCGCGCCCGCCAGCCCCGCCGGCACCAUGCCGCGCUCCUUCCUGGUCAAGAAGCAUUUCAACGCCUCCAAAAAGCCAAACUACAGCGAACUGGACACCCACACAGUGAUCAUUUCCCCAUAUCUCUAUGAGAGUUACCCCAUGCCUGUCAUACCAAAACCAGAGAUCCUCAGCUCGGGAGCAUACAGCCCCAUAACCAUGUGGACUACGGCAGCUCCAUUCCACUCCCCACUUCCCAGUGGCCUCUCUCCUCUUUCUGGAUACCCUUCCUCCUUGGGGCGAGUGAGUCCCCCUCCUCCAUCUGACACCUCAUCCAAGGACCACAGUGGCUCAGAAAGCCCCAUUAGUGAUGAAGAGGAAAGACUGCAAUCCAAGCUUUCAGACCCCCAUGCCAUUGAAGCUGAAAAGUUUCAGUGCAAUUUAUGCAGUAAGACGUAUUCAACUUUUUCUGGGCUAGCCAAACAUAAGCAGCUGCACUGUGAUGCCCAGUCUAGGAAAUCUUUCAGCUGUAAAUACUGUGACAAGGAAUACGUGAGCCUGGGCGCCCUUAAGAUGCACAUUCGGACCCACACAUUACCUUGUGUUUGCAAGAUUUGUGGCAAGGCGUUCUCCAGACCCUGGUUGCUUCAAGGACACAUUAGAACUCACACUGGGGAGAAGCCGUUUUCUUGCCCUCACUGCAACAGAGCAUUUGCAGACAGGUCAAACCUGAGGGCUCACCUGCAAACCCAUUCUGAUGUAAAGAAAUACCAGUGCAAAAACUGCUCCAAAACCUUCUCCAGAAUGUCUCUUCUGCACAAACAUGAGGAGUCUGGCUGCUGUGUAGCACACUGAGUGACGCAAUCAAUGUUUACUCGAACAGAAUGCAUUUCUUCACUCCGACGCCAAAUGACAAAUGAAAGUCCAAAGGCAUUUUCUCUUGUGCUUACCAACCAAAUAAUGUGUAUAGACACACACAUACACACAUGUACACACACACACACACACUAAAAGCUACAAGAGCACAGAAUUCUUUAAAGUUUAAUAUAAUCCUUUCCAUGUGAAGUUUAAAAUUACUAUAUAUUUACUGACAGCUAGAUUGACAGAAUAAAAGACAAGGAACUUUCUCUUCAAAGAUGAAGCUAAAAGCACAUUGCAUCUUUUACUACUAAGAAAGAAUGCAAAGAUUUUCAUUGUUGCCAAAUCAUUUCAACUGAAAAGAACAGUAUUGCUUUACAAUAGUUUGUAAUAGAAUUUCCUAUAGGAAGAGAAUCUGCCAGAUGCUAUCUCAGGUGCCUUAUAAAGUAUUCCAAGUUUACUUCAUUACUUGUCUGAUGUCAGGUUGACAUCUUUGAAUUAAAGCCUUUUUUGGAUUACCAAUAAUGCUUUAAACUAUAUUUUUAAAGAUAAGGAAAAAAAAUAAGAACAAGAACAAAACACAGGAGAAUGUAUUAAAAGUAUUUUUUGUUCUGUUCUGUUUUGUUUUUGCCAAUAUGUGCCUUGGGAGAGGAGGGAAAGACUAGCUUUAAACAUUCCUGGUGCAUGUUAUGUGUCUUACUUUUUAAAGGAAUUUUAAUGAUUUUCUAAAAUUAAGUAAAAAUGGGAAUACGUGCAAGAGAGAAUUCUUAGAAACACAGUAAUGAACUUAAACUAUUUUAAAUGCAUACGACAGAUGCAAUAAUACAACACCCCUUCCGAGUGCCUUUUUUAAUUAAUUGUAUAGUUGAUGAGUCAAUGUAAAUUUGUGUUUAUUUUUAUAUGAUUGAAUGAGUUUUGUAUGAAAGUGAGAUGUUGUUUAUAGCUAUGCCUAUAUACAACCUGAAGACUUAUGAAAUCAAUGUUUCUUUUUUAAAAGUAAUUUUCUAGGUCCUUUUUUACAAUAAACGUUUUUGAUUUAAAAUUUA